AUGGCUUCCCCCGGAGGCCCCGGCGGCGACUGCUCCCACAUUAUUGACCACAGCCACAUCCCCGAAUUCGAGGUGGCCACCUGGAUCAAAAUCACCCUCAUCCUGGUGAACCUGGUCAUCUUCGUGGUGGGCAUUCUGGGGAACAGUGUCACCAUUCGGGUCACCCAGGUGCUGCAGAAGAAGGGCUACUUGCAGAAGCAGGUGACGGACCACAUGGUGAGCCUGGCCUGCUCGGACAUCCUGGUCUUCCUCAUUGGCAUGCCCAUGGAGUUCUACAGCAUCAUCUGGAACCCCCUGACCACGCCCAGCUACAACCUGUCCUGCAAGCUGCACAAUUUCCUCUUCGAGACCUGCAGCUACGCGACACUGCUGCACGUGCUGACGCUCAGCUUCGAGCGCUACGUCGCCAUCUGCCACCCGUUCCGCUACAAGGCCGUGUCCGGGCCCUGCCAGGUGAAGCUGCUCAUUGGCUUCGUCUGGGUCACCUCCACCCUGGUGGCGCUGCCUCUGCUCUUUGCCAUGGGAGUUGAGUACCCCCUGCUGCACGUGCACAACCACCGGGGUCCCUCCUGCAACCGCUCGCUCACCCGCCACCACCGGCAACCCGAGACCUCCAACAUGUCCAUCUGCACCAGCCUCUCCAGCCGCUGGACCGUGUUCCAGUCCAGCAUCUUCGGCGCCUUCGUGGUCUACCUCGUGGUCCUGGUGGCCGUGGCCUUCAUGUGCUGGAACAUGAUGCGGGUGCUCAGCAGGAGCAAGCAGGGCACGCUGGCCGCCAAGGGGCAGCAGGCCCAGCUGCGGAAGUCGGAGAGCGAGGAGAGCAGGGCGGCCAGGAGGCAGACCAUCCUGUUCCUGAGGCUGAUCGUCGCGACCUUGGCCGUCUGCUGGAUGCCUAACCAGGUGCGGCGGAUCAUGGCUGCCUCCAGGCCCAAGUACGACUGGACGAAGACCUACUUCCAGACGUACAUGACCCUCCUGCCCUUCUCGGACACCUGCUUCUACCUGAGCUCGGUCAUCAACCCGCUGCUGUACAACGUGUCCUCGCGGCAGUUCCGCGCGGCCUUCUGGCAGGUGCUGCUCUGCCGCCUGCGCCUGCAGCACGCCAACCAGGAGAGGCGCCUGCGGGGCCUGCGGGCCCCGGCCCGGCGCGGCGCCUCUGCCAGGACCAAGGUUUUCCUAAGCACUUUCCAGAGCCCCACAGAAGCCACGCCGGAGCCUGCGGCCCAGCACCUGAGCCUCGAGUCGCCAGAGCCCGAGGGGGAGACAAAGCCAGCCGGUUCAGCAGCGGAGAACGGUUUCCAGGAGCAUGAAGUGUGAAUGUCAAGUAAGAGAACCUUGAGUGCGAACCAGCCCUCCCCCGAUGACGGCAACAUUCCCCACACACAGCAGUGACAAAACCACCUGCACCCCGUCGGGGACGGGCGUGGAAGCUAGGGGCCCCGGGGAAGGCCGGCGCCCACG